AUGUCCACUUUUUCCACAGCUGCUGUUCCACCUGUAACUGCAACAAAGGAGCCAAAUGUUAUUGACUACAAUGUAACAUUUAUAAUAAAUCGUCCAACAUUCCAAGACAUUGAAUCAAAUUCUUCUAAUCAGACAAGCAUGAUUGCAAAUGAGCUCAAUGAUUUGUUCAAAAACAGCAGCAUAAAUGCUAUGUUCUCGAGCUGCAGAUUUCGUUCAUUCAGCAUGGUCGAUGGUGACAGCAGCACAGUGACAGUGAGAUGCUUCUUCAAAAAUGAUUCUACCAUUCAGGAUGUCAAUAGAGAGCUUGUAUAUCAUGUGUUUGAAAAUAAGACCAAAGAUGUUUCGAUGUUGGGACCGUACAUGUUGGACAGUGACAGCCUCUAUGUAAAUGCUCCAAUUCCACUUGUAACUCCAACAGUGGAACCAAAACUUACUGACUACAAUGUGACAUUUAUUAUAAGCAGUCCAUCAUUCCAAGACAUUGAAUCAAAUUCUUCCAAUCAGACAAGCAUGAUUGAAAAUGAGCUCAGUGACUUGUUCGAAAACAGCAAAAUAAAUGCUACAUUUUCCAGUUGCAGAUUUCAUUCAUUCAGCAUGGUCGCUGGUGACAGCAGUGCAGUGGCAGCAAUAUGUUCCUUCAGAAAUGAAUCUAACAUUCAGGACAUCGACAGAGUAUUUGUGUAUCAUGUGUUUGAAAAUAAGACCAAGAAUGUUUCGAGGUUGGGUCCAUACACACUGGAUAAUGACAGCCUCUAUGUGAAUGGUUACCAUGAGACACGUCUUGUCACCACUGUAAUUCCAACAGUGAAACCAAAAUUUACAGACUAUAAUGUGACAUUUAUUAUAAGCAGUCCAUCAUUCCAAGACAUUGAAUCAAACUCAUCCACUCAGGCAAGGAUGAUUGCAAAUGAGCUCAAUGACCUUUUCAAAAACUGCAGCAUAAAUGCAACAUUCUCCAGUUGCAGAUUUCAUUCAUUCAGCAUGGUCAAUGGUGAGAGCAGCACAGUGACAGCAAUAUGUUCCUUCAGAAACAAUUCCAGCAUACAGGACGUUGAUAGAGAGCUUGUGUACCAUGCGUUUGAAAAUAAGACCAAGGAUGUUUCGAACCUGGGGCCAUACACAUUGUACAAUGACAGCCUCUUUGUCAAUGGUUACCAUGAGGAACGUCUUGUAGCCACUGUAAUUCCGCUUGGAACUCCAACAGUGGAACCAGAACUUACUGACUACAAUGUGACAUUUAUUAUAAAUAAUCCAUCAUUCCAAGACAUUGAAUCAAACUCUUCCAAUCAGACAAGCAUGAUUGCAAAUGAGCUCAAUGAUCUUUUCCAAAACAGCAGUAUAAAUGCCACAUUCUCCAGUUGCAAAUUUCAUUCACUUCGCAUGGCCCAUGGUGACAGCAGCUUAGUGACAGCAAUAUGUUACUUUAAAAACGAUUCUGCCAUUCAGGAUGUUGAUCUGCAGCUUGUGUACCAUGUGUUUGAAAAUAAGACUAAGGAUGUUUUGAGGCUCGGGCCAUACACAUUGGACAAUGACAGCCUCUAUGUGAAUGAUUACCACGACACACGUCUACUAACCACUGUAAUUCCUCUUAUAACUCCAACAGUGAAACCAAAACUUACUGACUACAAUGUGACAUUUAUUAUAAGCAGUCCAUCACUCCAAGACAUUGAAUCAAACUCUUCUAAUCAGACAAGCAUGAUUGUAAAUGAGCUCAAUGACUUGUUCAAAAACAGCAACAUAAAUACUACGUUUUCCAGUUGCAGAUUUCAUUCAUUCAGCAUGGUCGCUGGUGACAGCAGUGCAGUGACAGCAAUAUGUUCCUUCAGAAAUGAUUCUACCAUUCAGGACAUUGAUCGAGUAUUUGUGUAUCAUGUGUUUGAAAAUAAGACCAAGGAUGUUUCGAAGUUGGGGCCACACACAUUGGAUAAUGACAGCCUCUAUGUGAAUGGUUACCAUGAGACACGUCUUGUCACCACUGUAAUUUCAACAGUGAAACCAAAAUUUACAGACUACAAUGUGACAUUUAUUAUAAGCAGUCCAUCAUUCCAAGACAUUGAAUCAAACUCAUCCACUCAGGCAAGGAUGAUUGCAAAUGAGCUCAAUGACCUUUACAAAAACAGGAGCACAAAUGCUACUUUCUCAGGUUGCAGAUUUCAUUCUUUCAGCAUGGUCAAUGGUGAGAGCAGCACAGUGACAGCAAUAUGUUCCUUCAGAAACGAUUCCACCAUACAGGAUGUCAAUAGAGAGCUUGUGUACCAUGCGUUUGAAAAUAAGACCAAGGAUGUUUCGAACCUGGGGCCAUACACAUUGGACAAUGACAGCCUCUUUGUCAAUGGUUACCAUGAGGAACGUCUUGUAACCACUGUAAUUCCGCUUGGAAUUCCAACAGUGGAACCAGAACUUACUGACUACAAUGUGACAUUUAUUAUAAAUAGUCCACCAUUCCAAGGCAUUGAAUCAAACUCUUCCAAUCAGACAAGCAUGAUUGCAAAUGAGCUCAAUGACCUUUUCAAAAACAGCAGCAUAAAUGCCACAUUCUCCAGCUGCAAAUUUCAUUUACUCAGCAUGGCCCAUCAUGACAGCAGCACAGUGACUGCAAUAUGUUACUUUAAAAACGAUUCUGCCAUUCAGGGCAUCGAUAAAGAGCUUGUGUAUCAUUUGUUUGAAAAUAAGACCAAGGAUGUUUCGAAAUUGGGGCCUUACACAUUGGACAAUGACAGCCUCUAUGUGAAUGAUUACCACGAGACACGUCUAGUAACCACUGUAAUUCCUCUUGGAACUCCAACAGUGAAACCAAAACUUACUGACUACAAUGUGACAUUUAUUAUAAGCAGUCCAUCAUUCCAAGACAUUGAAUCAAACUCUUCCACUCAGGCAAGCAUGAUUUCAAAUGAGCUCAAUGACCUUUUCAAAAACAGCAGCAUAAAUGUAACAUUCUCCAGUUGCAGAUUUCAUUCAUUCAGCAUUGUCGAUGGUGACAGCAGCUCAGUGACAGCUACAUGUUUCUUCAAAAAUGAUUCCACCAUUCAGGACGUCGAUAGAGAGCUUGUAUAUCAUGUGUUUGAAAAUAAGACCAAGGAUGUUUUGAAAUUGGGGCCAUACACAUUGGACAAUGACAGCCUCUAUGUGAAUGAUUACCACGAAUCACAUCUUGCAAGCACUGCAACCCCUGUUGUAAGUGUGACAGUGACUUCAGACAAGAAACUGAAACCUGUUAACUAUAACGUGACCUUCAUUAUAAAUAAUCCAGGAUUUGAACACAUUCAGUCAAACUCCAUAUUCGGAGCCAUGAAAAUUGGAAACAUGCUAAACCACCUAUUUAAAAAUAGCAGCAUUAAAGCGACGUUCUCACGUUGUUCAGUACAUAUACUCAGUAUGAUCAAUGGUGACAGAAGCAGAGUGACAGCAAUCUGUGCAUUCAAGCCUUAUCCUGAAAUUCAACAUGUUGAUAGAAUACUUGUGUAUCAUGUGUUUGAAAACAAAACCAAAGACAUUUCUAACUUGGGACCCUAUACAUUGGAUAGUGACAGCCUCUAUGUAAAUGAUUAUCAUGAAACACUCCCACUCAUCACGGAACCACCAAUCGUACCUGAAGCAAAUAAUCCAAUUCAGAGCCAGAGGCCAUCCAGUUUUAAUGUUACUUUCACCAUUGAUAAUUUGCCGCUUAUAGAGCAGCUACAUGAUGAAACAUCAGAACUAUACAAGUCUGCAUCAAAUAUUGUUACUCAUAAGCUGAAUGAAUUAUAUCGUGGAAGCAAGAUAAAAGCAGCAUUUUCAAAAUGUACAGUUGGCUCUUUAAGUGAAACAACCAGUCAGAAGACCAAAGUGUAUGCAAUGUGCACUUUUAACAAUAAUUCUACUGCAUGGAAAGUCGAUAGAGUUAUUGCAUACCACCAGUUCAGUUACAACACAAUGAACAUCACUACUUUGGAACCUUAUUCUCUGGACCCGAACAGUCUCUAUGUAGAUGACUACCAUGAAUCAACACCUACAAUCAUACAAGCACCAAAUCAGAAGCAAGAGUCUGGAUUUAAUGUGACCUUCACAAUAAUAAAUUUGCCAUACAUAGAAGAAUUACAUGUCAACACGUCACGUUUGUACAGAUCAGCAUCAACUAUCAUUACUUACAAUCUGAAUACCAUGUUUGAUAACGGUGAUAUAAAAACUGCAUUUACAGACUGCAGAGUAAUUUCCCUAAGUGGGACAAGCAACAAGAUGACCAAAGUGUAUGCAAUCUGUAGCUUCAGAAAUAACUCUGCUGCAGAGCAAGUUGAUAGAGUUACUGUAUACCGUCAGUUCAAUUACAAGACAAAGAACAUCACUACAUUGAGACCUUAUUUUCUGGACAGGAACAGUCUCUAUGUGAAUGAUUAUCAUGAAUCAACACCUCCAAAUGGAGCACCAAAUCAGGAACCCGGGUUUAAUGUUACCUUCAUUGUUACCAAUUUGCCAUUCAUUGAAUUACUACAUGACAACACAUCACAGCUCUACCAAACAACAUUAUCCAUUAUUGCUAAUGAGCUUGAUGUAAUGUUCAGAAAGAGUGAUAUAAGCAGUGUGUUUGCAGACUGCAGAGUAAUGUCCUUAAGUGCUACAAACAGUCAGAUGACAAAUGUUUAUGCAGUUUGUUCGUUUAAGAAUAAGUCUGAUACAGAACAAGUUGAUCGAGUCACUGUGUACCACCAGUUCAAUUACGAAACGGAAAACAUCACUAAACUGGGAGCUUUUUCAUUGGACAGGUCCAGUCUCUAUGUAAAUGACUACCAUGAAUCAAUGCCUGUCUCCACACAAAUUCCAAUUCAGCAGCCGUCUCCAGAUGGGUUUAAUGUGACCUUCACUGUCACCAGUUUGCCAUUUGUAGAAUCUUUUUCUGACAACACGUCAAAGCUGUACCAAUCAGCAUCAACUACCCUCGCUUAUGAGCUCAACAUACUGUACAGUAAGAGUGAUAUAAGCACUGAAUUUACAAACUGCAAAGUAAUGUCCUUAAGUGCAACGAUGAGUGAGAUGACCAAAGUUUAUGCAAUUUGUUACUUCAACGAUAAGUCUGCUGAAGAACAAAUUGAUCGAGUUACAGUGUACUACCAGUUCAAUUACAGCACAGAAAACAUCACUAAACUGGGAAUUUAUUCAUUGGACAGAACCAGUCUCUAUGUAAAUGGCUAUCAUGAAUCAAUAUCUCCAACCAUGGAUGCGCCAAAUCACGACCAAUUGCCACCUGAGUUAAACGUGACUUUCAUUGUAACCAAUUUGCCAUUCAUGGAAUCAUUACAUGACCAUACAUCACCACUGUAUAAAUCAGCAUCAUCGAUUAUUACUUCUGAGCUCAACUUAAUGUACAGUAAGAGUGAUAUAAGCUCUGAGUUUACAGACUGUAAAGUAAUCUGCUUAAGUGCUGCAAGCAAUCAGAAGACCAGAGUGUUUGCAAAUUGUUCCUUCAACAAUAUAUCCGCUGGACAAGUCAAUAGAAUUACUGUAUAUCAUCAGUUCAAUUCCAACACCAAUAACAUCACUGAAUUGGGACCUUAUUCUUUGGACAAAAACAGUCUCUAUGUAAAUGGCUACCAGGAAACAACGGCUUCAAAUGAUGAACCACCCAUCAUGCCUGUGACACAAAAUCCAAUUGAGAGUCAGAAACCUUUGUGCUUCAAUGUGUCUUUUGCCAUCACAAACCUACCACUCAAUCCAGCUCUAUUCGAUACCAGUUCACUAUUGCAUCUGUCUGCAUCGAGAACUAUCGUUGAACAGCUCAAUGAAUUGUAUCGCAACAGCAAAAUAAAUGCAGCAUUUUUACAAUGUGCAAUCACCUCUUUAAGUGCUACAAAUGAGAUUUAUGUCAAAGUGCAAGCUGCUUGUGCUUUCAAAAAUGGUCCUCAGAAAGUUGAUGAAGUUACUGUGAAGCAGGCAUUCCAAGAAAGAACAAACAAUACCUCAACUCUAACAACGUACACACUUGAGAGCAACAGUCUCUUGAUAACUGGUUGUGAGCAACUGAAAACCACUGUGGAACCUGCUACAGCAGUAGAACAAGAGCUGCCAGUAAUUUCAGCGAAACAAGGAGAUCUCACCUUUGCAGUUAACUUUACAGUAAUAAACCACAAUUUUACCGACGGACUCCAAAUUCCAACUUCCACUGAAUACAAACACAUGACAAGCAAUCUGAUUAGAAAUCUCUCAAAUUUAUUUGAGAACAGCAUGUUAAAGGACAGUUAUACGUUUUGCCAUGUUACCAGUUUAAGUCCAGGGUCAAUCAAGGUUUCCACUUCUUGCCACUUUGAUCCUUCAAAAUCAACCAGACGAAUCCUUGCAACAGAACUGAGAUCAGAAUUUGAUGCAGGAACAAAUGGAUCAAGAUGGCUUGGCAGAGCAUUUCAACUUAGAAGUGAUAGUGUAUCUGUGGAAGCUAUGGCUCCUGUCUUCUCUGAUCGAUUUGAAUUACCGUAUUGGGCCAUCAUAGUUAUUGUAUUUGCCAUCCUGCUUGCUCUGUUCCUCAUUACAGUUUUAGGCCUUCUGAUUGCCUUAUGCAUAAGGAACAGGUUUACUGGUUUCUACAACAUGUUACAAGAUCCGUUUGGAAUCUACUAUACACAUCUGGAGGGAAAAUAGUGGUUCUAUGGCAAUUCAACAUUACAAUGAUGACUAAUAAGAGAUGAACAGAUUAAUCUUCACGGCGGGAUUGAAAUGAAAAUCAAU